GGUGCCCGGACCUGGUGCCGGCCCGAUGCGGGCGUGGGCUGCACGGCGGGCAGGGCUCCCGGCCGUUACCACGGACAUCCUUCGCCUGAGUGUGGGGUUGUGCACUGGGAGCUGGAGCGAAACCUCGUUUCGGGUGGGGGUUUGUGUAAGGUCUGUAUAUGAUGACCAACCAAAUGCACAUCAGAGGUUUAUGGAAAAACUAGAUGCCUGCAUACGUAACCAUGACAGGGAGAUAGAAAAGAUGUGCAAUUUUCACCAUCAGGGCUUUGUGGAUGCUAUCACAGAACUUCUUAAAGUUAGAGCUGAUGCAGAAAAAUUAAAGGUCCAAGUUACUGAUACCAACCGAAGGCUUCAGGAUGCUGGGAAAGAGGUGAUAGCCCAAACAGAGGAAAUCAUCCGAUGUAGAGUUCAGCAAAGGAAUAUUACAACAGUUGUGGAAAAACUGCAGUUGUGUCUUCCAGUGCUGGAAAUGUACAGCAAACUAAAAGAGCAGAUGAAAGUAAAAAGGUAUUACUCUGCUUUGAAGACAAUGGAACAGCUAGAAAAUCUGUAUCUUCCCAGAGUUAGCCAAUACCGAUUUUGCCAAAUAAUGAUAGAAAAUCUUCCAAAACUGCGGGAAGAAAUAAAAGAAAUUUCCAUGUCAGAUUUGAAGGAUUUCUUAGAGAGUAUUCGAAAGCAUUCUGACAGAAUUGGGGAAACUGCAAUGAAGCAGGCACAACAGCAGAAAACCUUUAGUACCACUCUUCAGAAGCAUAAUAAUGUAAACUACGGUCGGAAUAUGCAUUUAGGUAGAAGCAGAAUUUUGGAAUCUAAGAAUGAAAUGACAUUGAAGCGAACGUUUGAAGAAGAUGAUGAGCAUGAUGAAGAGGUUUUAACUGCUCAAGAUCUUGUGGACUUUUCUCCAGUCUAUAGAUGUUUGCACAUCUACUCAGUUUUGGGUGAUGGAGAAAUAUUUGAAAAUUACUACAGAAAGCAAAGGAGGAAACAGGCGAGACUAGUUCUGCAGCCGCAAUCAAGCAUGCAUGAAACAGUAGAAGGCUAUAGAAGAUACUUCAGUCAAAUUGUAGGUUUCUUUGUAGUAGAAGACCAUAUUUUACAUGUAACCCAAGGACUGGUAACUAGGACGUAUACUGAUGAACUCUGGAACAUGGCCCUUUCAAAGAUCAUUGCUGUUCUUAGAACACACUCAUCAUAUUGCAAUGAUCCUGACCUUGUUCUGGAACUGAAGAAUCUCAUCGUGGUAUUUGCAGAUACUUUACAGGGUUAUGGUUUUCCUGUGAAUCGACUCUUUGAUCUUUUAUUUGAGAUAAGAGACCAGUACAAUGAAACACUUCUUAAAAAGUGGUCUGGAUUAUUCAGGGAUAUUUUUGAAGCAGAUAACUACAGCCCUAUUCCUGUAGCAAAUGAAGAGGAAUACAAAAUAGUGAUAAGCAAAUUUCCUUUUCAAGAUUCCGAACUUGAUAAGCAAUCCUUUCCAAAGAAGCUCCCGAUGUCUCAGUCAGUGCCUCAGAUUUAUAUCCAGGUUAAGGAAUUCAUUUAUGCAAGCCUUAAGUUUUCAGAAUCACUUCACCGCAGCUCAACAGAAAUAGAUGACAUGCUUAGAAAAUCGACAAAUUUGCUGCUAACAAGAACUCUCAGUAUUUGUUUGCAGAACCUAAUUAAGAAACCUCAUAUAGGCUUAACAGAGCUUGUUCAAAUCAUCAUAAACACAACACAUCUGGAACUAGCCUGUAAAUACCUUGAGGAUUUUAUUUCUAACAUCACAAACAUUUCACAAGUGACUGUUCACACUGCAAGGCUUUAUGGACUUUCUACAUUUAAGGAUGCAAGGCAUGCUGCAGAAGGAGAAAUAUAUACAAAACUAAACCAAAAAAUAGAUGAAUUUAUUCAAAUUGCUGACUAUGAUUGGACAAUGUCUGAAUCAGAUGGAAGAGCCAGUGGAUACUUAAUGGACCUCAUUAACUUCUUAAGAAGCACAUUUCAAGUUUUUACUCAUUUACCUGGAAAAGUGGCCCAGACAGCUUGCAUGUCAGCCUGCCAGCAUCUUUCAACAUCCCUAAUGCAGAUGCUACUGGACACUGAAUUAAAACAAAUAAGCAUGGGAGCAAUUCAGCAAUUUAAUUUAGAUGUGAUACAGUGUGAAUUGUUUGCUAGUUCUGAGCCUGUGCCAGGAUUCCAGGGAGACACCCUGCAGUUAGCUUUCAUCGACCUCAGACAACUUCUCUGAACAAGCAGAGGAACACGUUACAUCUGUAACAUGAAGCCCAGCCUCAGGGUGCUAUGUAAUGGGAUUUGCGCUUCUCUAGUUUUCAGUGCAAUGCUGCUUAUUCAGCUAAAGAAAGGAGCUCGGGUUUCAGGCAGCAACAAAACAGGAGCUGCACCUCUCUGGAUUUCAGGUCACAGACCCUCACUUGCUGGAGAAGGAAGCAACUCUUCUUGGCCUUCCCCUUCUCCAUAAAUUGGAUCCAUACUAAAGCAAGAAAGAGAACUUUAGUCCACACGCUGAGCAGAGCAGAGACACUGCAAGGUUCAGUUUCUCAUCUAUUUGUGCCAUACUUGGGUAAUGUGCAUAUACAUACCUGUAUUCCAAAUAGCACAGCUGUGAGUAUGACUGCAUGAUAAAUGUGUAUUAUCCAGCUUGCUGAGAAUACACAAUGCGUUUUCUGAGUACUGUAGUCUUACAAAUAAAUGAAAGUUCUUCUGACAAACAUAACAAUUUGUAUGCACUUAUAUUUCCCAAUGGAAAUUCCUGCUUUUGACUUUUCCUUUUCACUGAGGCUCUGUGAAGCCCAUUGGUAAUCACAGUAGGCUCAGAUCGCAAGUUGUGUGUGUAGAUAUCUUUGAGGAAGAUCUCAAUCAGUGCUCUGUACACAGAAGGCAGCUCAUUACCGGGAUGAGAUUUAUACUUGCCAGCUGGUAAGAAUUAGGAAGCUUUGGAAACAAAUGCACAGAAAUUAGCAGUGGGGAGGGUCAACACCAAGCACAGCUUUAGAUACACUAUCUUGAUAAGGAUUUCGAGAAUCAAAGCAGGAUUGCAUGUCAGUCAUUUCCUGGCAGUAGGUAUUCCUGCCCCAUUGCUGCCAGGAGCUAAAAGCACACAUGCCAGUUAUUAGAUGUGUGUUCUUUGGGACAUUAAAUCAUUCAUCAAAUCCAUUGCAAAAUGGUCUGUAUCCAGGUCAGCUUCUGAAUGCCCCUUUUUCAUCAGAGAAGUGCAAAUAACACACUGAUACAGCACCAGGUUUUCAUUCUAGAUCUUGGCUUAUUGGCAUGAGGGGCAUACCUGAAAAACAGAUUUUAAAAACUCAGCAUACAAAUUCUACUAUUUCCCUUCAGGAGCCCUAUCAGUAGCUUACCUAACUAAAACAAUGUACAAGUGGCUGUUUAGCUACAAACUAUACUACUCCAUCUCUGGCAAAAACCAGAGAAUUUCUCCAGAGAAAAGUGCAAAAGAUUAUGCACAAAAGACUAUGUACUGAAGUCUGUAAUGCUUUAAAUGAAUGGCAUCUCCUAACUGAAGGUAAAGAAUGCUAAACGUACCUGUAACUGUGUAAGUUAUCAAAAAUAAAAAAGUUUCCUUGUUAUUCCUUUGGGCUAGUUCAUUUAAGGGACACAACUCUCUAAGUUGUCCACUUACCAAACCAUAUAUAUGCACGAGUUAGAAGAGCUGCCAAUAAAUCAUUUAGAAAAUGAUAGAAUUCAUGAAGCUUGACAUUGAGACCUGCAGAUAAUAUAUUUGCACAAGAACACAAGCCUUGCUUGAGCAAGAGGAGGUUGCUAUUGUUAGGUGAACUUACAGAUUUUAGAGCAGAGAAGGCAGAGGCUUUUCUUGAUCUCUUUGCCAUAUGCAGGUAAAACGAUUGAUUUUUCAUAGAGCAGUGCAUCAGAGUUCCAGCUUGUAAAUACUGCCAUCACAGAAAUUAAUAAAAAUUUCUCUGGAGAAGUUAAUAAAAGCAGAUAUUAAAAAAAAAAAGUCAAAAGUUCCGGUCAAGACUGUUUAGAUGGAUGUAUCUGAGCCCCUGAGUAGUACCAACUGUCAGAAUUAAUCAGCUUUCAGAAUCACCAAUACUUUCACAAGACAAGGUGUAGAAUGAGUCAAUUCAUUCAAAACAUACAGAAUUGCUAUUAUGAUGAUACUCCAUAUCUCUGGAAAACUUCCUGUUCGAGAAAGUUCAUCCCUUAGUUACAGAUGAAUUCUCUGCAAGAUUGUGAUGUAAAUGGCACUGUAGCUGUAUCCUCAGUAGCUGAAGUACGUAUACCAGUUACACCUCGUCUGUAAUACCAGAACCAAAAGGUCUCAGUUUUCUCAAAUGAAAUGUUAGAUUUCUUCAAUAACUUUUGUGCUGUGUCUCUGGGAAACUACUCAUGAAGCAGUCAAGUUUUAAUCCGUAACAUCUCCAAGGAUGUUAUGAGAGAAAGCAAAAAAAUGAGCCUUACAUGGAAAAGGUUUUCCAUUGGAAACCUUUUCCAUUCUUUUGCAGAAAUACCUACUAGUAGAAAGUUGCCAUUGGGUUCACUUUCAGAUAAUUUCUCAAUCUUUUGCUUGAAAUAGAAAAAAAUGAUCCACUUGCCUAUUACAUUUAUUAACUCCUGCUUAUCCUUUAUUUUAGUCACUGAUGUAGAUCACAUGCAGUGGAAGCUAUUUAGUGGAAUGAAGCAUUUCUCUGACAGUUUUUUCCUGGCAGCUUUGCUCCCCAGCUGAUAUUUGCCUUUAUCUUUGUCCCACAAGAAAUGCCAUAAAUGCAGACUGAAGGCUUUAUUUGUAGCAAGUUUUGAAUGCCUGACUUUCCUGAAGUUUGGGAAUACAUUAUAUCAAGCUGUUGUCUUCCUGCUGACAGCCAGUUGCUGCAGAAUCUCUGCCAUUGUGUCUGGGCCCUUCUGUGGCUCUGAGCUGAUGGAUGGAGUUCAGUGUGGGAGCCCCCAGCUCCACAGGACUUCCUCUGAAUCCUGUGGGUGGUAUGUGGUUCCUAUGACUAAUGAAUGAGCAUUGUUAAAUGAACAACACAAGAGAAGAAAAUUGUUGUUUUCCUUCAAGUUACUUGUGUUCUUAGCAUCUAUGAGCACUAGUCACCCAUCAAGGAGCCAUGGGGCUGCUAGCUGCUUCAGUGUAGUCAAUAAUUUCUGCCUCAAAAUUGCUUACAUACUCUUAGCUAAACAGGUAAUAUCCCUGAUUAUAUGUAGUAUAUAUUGGGCUACAAUAAUAACCACUUAACCCUACAGAUUUACCCUCAGUAUUUUUCAGUUGCAUCAAUCAAGAUAUUUAGAUUCCAGCCCUUCUCUAAAUUCCCUGUCAAGCACAGGCAGCAGGCAGAAUAUCCCCCGCCUUUUUUUUUCUCAUUUUGCAACAGAUUAUUCCGUAAAACGAGAAAGAUAAUCCAUCUAUUCUUUGAGAGUCACUAUAGAGACAAUUGAAAAUUCUGUAAAACCAAGAAUUUGUACAACAAGGAAUCCAGGAUACCAAGGAAUUCUCUGCUUCAGAACAAUAGUAAUGAAUGAAGGGAAUCAGGGAGGGUUUUUUCUGUUUGUUUGUUUUAUAGCACAAAAUACCUUCACAAUUCAAGGCUUCCAAACCUUUGCAUAGAUGAAUGUUCUUUUGGAAUGUAGAUUUCCAUACGUUUAGAAAUGUCUAUCUUUUCAUUUGAACUGUAGUGUCUUAGAACGAACAACUAUGUCUUCAAAAGUGCUUGUACAAUAUAAUAUACCAUACAAUAUAGUAUAAAUUUCACGUGCAAGUUGUAUUUUAAAACCUAAAUAAUAAUUAUAAAAACUCUUGGAGAGGAUUUUCCCCAAAGUAUUAUUAGUGAAAGAGCAGCACAACUGAAAGAACCCCACAGUAAUGGACUGAAGAUGGGAGAAAAAAAAAGUAAUGAAUAAGAACAGAAAUGCAAAGAAAUGGGAAAAAGGAAAGAACAAAUGUUGGAAGAUGAGGAGAUGAAAAAAAUAAAGAUAUGGCAUGAAGGACAAAAAAAAGAGAGAGAGAAAGUCAGUGCCUCUAUAAAGGCACUUUAUUGUUCUAAUCCUUUUUUCUUUCUGUGUUUAUCAUUUUCUAUGGUUUAUGCUGAGACUCAUUAAGAACAGAUUUUUUUUAAACAGCAGAAGUUUGAAGAGAUGUUUUUACCCAAAGGAAAGAAAGGACUUUCAGUGCACAGUUAAUGGUGUAUAGAGUCCAAGCAGCCAUCAGGUUGUCUUAUUCCCUGGAGAAUGCAAGCUUUCCUGGUUUCAAUGGCAUGCCUCCAGGAAUUGUUCCAGAAGGACACACAAUUAGCCCACACUCCUCCAAAGAGCCCAGUGUAACAUGAUGCAGUUAAACCAGAAGACAGUUUUCAUCUUUUGACCUUGUGUCAAACAUGUCAAUUGAGCAGCUUACCUGAGCUCUGUAAGAGCGCAUAGGCUACCAGAUACUUUCCCAUAGAGAGGAACAUGCAGUAGACACACAAAAAAAUGCUGGUUUAAAAACUGACUUAUUUUCUAAGCAACAGGAAAAGUGCCGAACCUUCACAGGUAGCAUGUGCACUCAGUGCAUUCAGAUUCUCCUUUCUUUUUGCCAGUCUAAAUUUUAAAUAAAAAAGCUUUGCUCUUGUUCAGCAUGUCUGAAGACAGUACAAGAUGCUCAUUCAUUUUAAGUACUAACAGGAUAUUGAUUCCCAUGGAAGAAUAGAUUUGGUCCUCAUUUUGAUAAUGUCAUUGAAAUACAUAUCCAAAUGAUUGAUAGUUUAGGGAAUGGUCAUGUGUUCAGUGUAGUGCCUAAGUGUUGCAUCUAUUGACAGUAAGUACGGUUUAAAAAGUGAAUUGUGAAAAGAGUAACGCUGACUAGUUCCUAGAUGGAAAUACAUAGGUAAUGGGGGAAAGCUGCCUACCUGGUAGAUUGAAAAGACACAGGUUGAAACCUCAAAUGACAGUGUAAAACAGUCUCUGUAGCUUAAUUAAAUAAAACCAAUAAUGUGAUUUAAACUUCUUUGAGUUAAAAUUACUUUAGUAAGGGUGUUAAUUACUAGAGGAUUAACACUGCUUACAUGUGAUAAUAGAUGUGGUCAGUCAAUAAAGGGUGAGAAUAAUGUUCAUUUAAGAAGCAAAAGAAUCUAGUGCAGGAUUACUCACCAGAAAGGGAUAACAUUUCAAAGUGGCAAGUAAGAUCGGGGGAAGAGUUUUUGAAAUUGCAGGAGGUAUUUGAGGCUGAAUCGUGCCAUCCCUACCCACCAAGGUUCCGUGUAUAUUGAGAUCUAUUGGAGCUAAAAUAUGAUGAGUAAUUAUUAAGAAUUACGUAUUACAUAGAUUGAAUUUUUCUCUUUUUUAUUGUAAAAAUAGUUUUUCAGAUGAAGCAUUUUAAGGAAAUACUGUCAUCUGAAAAGUGAUGAGAAAUGGCAUAUUCUAAGGAAAAAAAUCAACUUCUAGGGAGAGUAAUUUCUUGAAGGUGUGUUUCUUAGAAAAGAAAUAAUACUGGAAUAUUAACAUUGAGCAGGAAGGGUUUUUCCUAAAACAUUUGCAAACAUAGCAUCAGGAAAAGAAAGAUCUUUCACAAAUAGCCUACAAAAACAAAGUCUGCGUUAUCCGGGUUUCUUGUUACUGCUGCUUACUAGGCUUAGAGACCUUUGCUAAACCAAAUUAUCUAGACAAGAAAAACAAAACAAACAAUAAAACCAACAAAUACUGUGAUUUUAUACAGGCUGCAGCAUUUGCUAAAAUGUUUUUAGAGCCAUUUGACAGAUAUAAGUGUGGAGGUAAACUACUUGUAGUAGCUGAAGAAGAAAGUGAAGGUUGUCCGUGAAAAAAUAAAAAACUUCAGCUGUUCGGGGUUUGCUCUUAACUUGUCUGUAUUUACAUUCCUGAGCUACUGGUUGUGGAAUUCCUUGUCCAGUGGUUCCCAGGUCUAGUAUAGCUGUCCCUCAGGGAUGUAACUUCAUCUGCUAUGAAGGGUGGGUGUGCAGGCUUACCCUGAAUGCACUACUUUGGAAGAAAUAAUUAUCUGUUUACAGUAAACUCAUGAUGAGUACAUCUAUAAGUGCCUGUGCCUUACAGAUUGCAUUGGAUUUUUUUUUGUUGUUCUUUUUGAUGCAAACAACAACAAAAAAGACGCUGUUUUCUGGCAUCUGAUGUCUUGGAUUCCAGUUGUGGUUAAAACUUUUAUUUGUGCCAUUGCUAAUAAAUAUGUUUUUACACUUGCAACUACCACUGGCGUGCUAUAGACAUUCUUUAAUACUGAGGCAUAGACCCCAUGUAACAUGCAUGUUGUGAUCAUGCUCUGAAGCAGUCAUUGAAGGAGGACCAGGGGUAGAGCAAAUACAGCCUCAGUGGAACAUUACAUCAACUCUGAUGUAAAACGCUGGAACCUUUGAUGGCUGCCUAAGUGAGGAUAGCGGAGGUGACCUCUGUCAGUACCCUCUAGAGAUCUCUGAACUCUGUGGAGACCAAGUGCUGCACAGUCAAGAGAUGCUCAUAAACUGUAUAACCUGAUGUAUAUCCUCCUGUUAGGUUGAAAGCCUCAAUAUUUUCACCAGUGUAAUUUCAGUAUUUUCCUGAGAUGUUAUUUGAUCUGGUGUUUUGGUCCAUGACAAGGAAUGAGUUGAAAGCUAGGGAAAGGAAACAUUCAGUCCUACCAGUAAACAGCUAGCUCUCAGGAGCUAGACUGGCUGCUUCCUGGGUCAAUUUUGUGAGCUGUAGUUUCAUACAAAGAGCUGAAGUUGCUCAUCUUUGCAGGUCUGAUCCCAUGGAACUGUACGAUGCUUACUUGUCUUCCUGUAGACAUCCAUUUGUAUUCACAGGCUGAAGCUGUAGAAACUCCUUCCUUCAAACCUAAAAGUAAUCAGAUUCACAUUUAAACUUGGAGCUGCAAUUAUACUUGAACAGACCACUGCAGAUGUUUAGUCCUAGAGUACAGCAGCUUGACAGUAUAGAUUAGAUGUGUAUGUAUGCAAGGACAGUUUGGAGUAGUCCUAAACAGCAUUUGUCAAGUAAUGACUUUUCACAGCGUAGUAUAUGUACUGAGCUUUGGUGAAGUUAUUCACGUGGAAACUGCAGCAUUGUAAAUAUGGCAGAUGGGACAAGAGCGUUCAAUUCCAGAACGCACCAUGGAAGGUGUGUUGUAUUUAAAUUUUAUUGCCGUUGCAUGAAGUUAUGUGAUUCUAGACGAGCACUCAGCUGAAAACAAGACUGUUAUGAGUCUCAUGCCAUUGAAAAAAACUGCUUAUUGAGGAUUUAUGUUUGUUUAAACUGUGCUGUAAAAAUUCCCUCAAGUUAAUUGUGUUCCUGGUAAGUUUCAAUGUGUAAGUGUUACUUACACACCUGCAUUUAAAAAAGAAAAAAAAAAAAAAAAAGGAGAAGCAAAAU